AUGUUGCUGCCCAAAACACGAACGGAGGAAUGUAAAUGGAACAUUAGCACAAACACGCAACGAUUAAUUGAACUGAUCAGAACAGCAACCGCUGGUCUUCCUUCGAAUGAGGACGAUUCAACUACGAAUUGCAUCACAUUGACCGGCCCGAACGAAGCAUCAUAUGGUGAUUGGUGCGAUUCUAGAGAGGUGCAAUCAGUUCUAUCGAAAAAGUAUAUUAUAAUUCGAGUAAAGAAAGGUUCACAAGCUGCCGAUCAGGAUAUCACAUUGAAACACAAAUUGGUUAAUGACCCGCAAUGCACCAAAAUCGUGAAUCCUCCGAAUGACGAGAUGCAGUCCUUCAAAAUAACUGAUCAAGAUCCCAUUGUUCAAGGAAUAGGCUGUGCUUGGGACUUGACAUCUGCAGCUGACAAACGCAUUCAAAUUACUUUGGACUCGCAUUCGACCGCUAAUAAUGAUCAAUGCAUAACUGUGUCCUCGAGAGAUAGUCCGGAUUCGACGGCGGCACAGAAGAUUUGCUGCGAGGAAGGGAAAAACGUUUUCAAAGGAGAUGCUGGCAAGGAUGUCACGAUCACGUUCGAGAGUNNACCAUCUGACAAUUUCAUCAAAAAUUUCCAAGUAAACUACCAACUUGGUGAGCCCCAUCUGUGUUAG